AACUUCGAGCAGCGCUGGGUUUUUGACAGUGCCUAGACUCUUACGCGUCGCUCGGACUCCGCGGGGUGUCUCUUUUCGCUGCGUCGUCGCGCCCUGGCCAGCAGAGAGCGCGCGCGGGCGAUUUCUUUGAGGAAACCCAAGGGUCCUUAGCACUGCUCUGAUACGCAGCGCGCGCGAGGCGAGCCAGCCGCGACGCCACCGCGAUAUCCAACGACGCAGCAGCGCACCACGGCGCUCAAAUCCACAAACCGCAUACUAAGAAUCAUGCUCUCCCACAAAACCAGGCGAGGCCUCGUCCUCCUCGCCGCCGUCGCGGGCGGCGCGCUGCUCGUGCUAGCGCGGAACAACAUGCCGCCGCCGCGGCAGUGGCCGGCCGCGCAGGGCCAGAUGGUCUGCGGCGACGGCGUGGCGCUCUGCGGCGUCCUGACGCUCCAGACGGGACUCGGGCAGGGAGCCUACAGCCACCCGACGCCGUCGGUGCACGGUCUCUGGCCCGAGGUCGCGCCCUACGGCACGUCCGAGUGCGCCAAGCCGUCGCUCUCGACGGCGGACCCGCGCCGCGUCGUCCAGUGCUACGGCGCGACGGGCGAAGGCACUUCUCAUAUAGUUGACUUCGAGACGCACGAGUGGGAGAAGCACGGCGAGUGCGCCGGCGUCCGGGACGCGCGCGCGUAUCUCACGACGGUCUGCGGCCUCGCGGAGCAGCCGCUGCAGGCGAUGACCGCCGCGCGUAAGGCGGGUGGCGGCCUCGAUGCCGCAAGGAGGGCGGUCAUGGGCCUGGGCAUCGAGAUCUUCGCCGUCGACGAGCAGCAUUCCCAAUUACUGCUGAGCGCGUGCAGCGACGGCGACACGUGGACCCUAAGUCCGGUGGAGAAGUUCCCGGAGGCUUGUGGGCGGCAACCCACGGCCCGCAACCGACCUGUGUGGGCCGUCGUCGCGGCGCUGGCGCUCGUAUUCUACAUGCUCGUGCGCGCGGGCACGGACGUGCCGCCGAAGACUACGUGCGACGAGGAGCCACCCGCGGGCCUGACGAAGCAGCAGCUGGCUAUGCUCGAGGCCGGCGACAAACCGUCGACGGGCGAGAAGCCCUCGCCGCCGUCCUCCACGACGACGUGGUCGGAGAUCGCUCCCCCGUCGGUCUCGUCGGCGGAGAGCUGGGCCGAGGUCGAGGCCGUGGCACCGGAUCUCACGCCCAUGCCCGAUUUAAUGGAGAAGACGCGGUUCAGCCACGCCAUCUACCACAUCACGCCGGAGGAGAUGUGCGUGCUCGUCGAGAAGCUGGACACGAUGUGCCCCGACGCCAUCGACAAAACCACCAAGGAGGAGAUCGAGAUCAGCAUCGACAUGAUCGACGCGCACACGUUCCGCGAGCUCGACCGCUACGUGCGCGAGUGCCUCGCGAAGAAGCCGCGCAUCUUGACGGCCCUCGACAUGAUGCAGUAGCGGGCCAGCUGCACCAUUCGCUGCACACUGUGAGCAUAAGCACCUGUGCCUGUAAUUCUAGCAACGCGC